GACAGAGAUACCCUUUCUUAUCUCCAUUGCAAACCUCAUUUAAUCCUAAGAAACAUGUCAAUCACAGGAGAUGAGUAUGCGCCUGCGUUUGCGCCCUUCUUUGGUUUUGCUGGCUGUGCCGCGGCCAUGAUCUUGUCGUGUGCCGGUGCUGCCAUUGGUACUGCCAAAUCUGGUAUUGGUAUCUCUGGUAUUGGUACUUUCAAGCCAGAAUUGAUUAUGAAAUCCUUAAUUCCAGUCGUUAUGUCUGGUAUUUUGUCCGUCUAUGGAUUGGUCGUUGCCGUGUUGAUUGCAGGUGGCCUUGAUCCUACCCAAAACUACUCCCUCUUUAAUGGGUUCAUGCACUUGGCCUGUGGGUUGUCCGUUGGCUUCGCCUGUUUGGCCUCUGGUUACGCCAUUGGUAUUGUUGGUGAUGAAGGUGUUCGUCAAUUCAUGCAUCAACCAAGACUUUUCGUGGGUAUCGUGUUGAUUUUGAUUUUCGCUGAAGUUUUGGGCUUAUACGGGAUGAUUAUUGCCUUGAUUUUAAACACUAAGGGAAGUGGUUAAUUCUUCUAUCAUUUCCUCUUUUCUUCAUUUCUACUCCCAUACAUAGAUACAGAAUAUAAGUACUAAUUGUACCUUUAACUA